AUGUGGAACCGUGCUCUUCUCGCUUUCACGCUUCAUGUGGCUUGCUCUCUCGCUGCUCCUGCUGCGACCCACCACCCUAAGCCGCCCACGAUGAAGCUCGACGACGCGACCGUCGUCGGCGUAUCAGACGGCUCCACCCGGUCUUUCCUCGGCAUCCCCUUCGCUGAACCUCCAACCGGGGACCUAAGGUUCCAACUCCCCAAACCCCUCUCCGGCUACACAGGGACGAUGAACGCGACCAGUUUUGGGACCCAGUGCAUCAACGCGUUCCAGCUGUCGGGUCUCGGUCUCUUCCCGCCAUGGGCCACCCAGGCAAUGAAGGACUACUUCCAAGUCUUCGAAGUCCCGAAUCCGUCCACUUUCGGAGAAGACUGCCUCAACUUGAAUGUCAUCGUCCCGGAGCACGUCAAGCCGGGAGCAAAGUUACCUGUCGUUGCUUACAUAUUUUUCAGUGGCUUCCAGUUCAGUGGCUCGUACAACGUCGACGGGCGCAUCAUGGUCAACAAGUCAGUGGAAAUAGGGGAGCCCGUCGUCUGGGUUUCGAUGAAUUAUCGCGUGGGCCCGUACGGAUUCUUGCCAGGAAAGGAAAUCAAGGAAGCUGGCGUUGGCAAUCUCGGGUUGCAAGAUCAACGCCAGGCGCUCCGUUGGAUCCAGCAAUACAUUCACCUCUUCGGCGGUGAUCCCGAGCGCGUGACGAUUCUAGGGCUUAGCGCAGCCGGUGCGUCGACCGCCCUCCACCUCGUCGCGAACGGCGGCAACAACGAGAACCUCUUCCACGGCGCUUGGGGCGAGUCCGGCGCCCUCCAGCACGUGCUGCAGAUCGACGACCCGAUCAACCAGAAGCUCUACGACAACUUCGUGAAUGCCACCAACUGCACGGGUACACCGGAUACCUUGCAAUGUCUGCGCGAGGUCGAUGGAGAUGCGCUGGAGAACCUCGUGGGCAACUCUGGAACGGAUUUCUGGGCGUUGUCGGCAGACGGGACGUUCGUGCACGAUCUACCUCAGCUGGAGCUGAUUCACGGCCAUGUCGCUGAAAAUGUGGCGGUUGUGCAAGGUAUCUCUGAGGAUGAGGGCACAAUCGCUGCCUUGCCCUUCGUCGAUGGCGUAAACGACACUUUGAUCGCCAACUUCGUCCGGGCGGUUUAUCCCACCGUCACGGACGAUCAGAUUCAGGAGCUCCUCAAGCUAUACCCGAACGACCCGGCCCUUGGCGCCCCCUACAACACGGGCGACCGGUUCCAGCUUGCACCCGAAUUGAAGCGCGCGGCGUCCAUCACCGGCGACAUCGAUUUCGACGCCCCGCACCGGCUCAUUUCGCAAGUCCUCAGCGACAAGCAGCCAUUCUGGUCGUACUACUACGAGCGCAACAAUGUGCCCGGCUUCGGCUCGACGCACGGGGCGGAAAUCCCGAACAUGUACGGCGGCGGGGACAUGUCGGACCUCCUCAUCCACUUCGCGAACUACUUCAGUCCGAACGGGCGGAGUGGGGACGCGCCGUUCUGGCCGCGGUACACGACGGCGGAGCCGACGAUGCUGGUGUUCACGGGCAACACGACGUUCGCGUACAAGAACGACACAUACCGCUCGGAGCAGAUCUCGUUCCUCAACAAACUCAACACCGAGUCGUAG